AUGUUAGUUAAUUAAAUGAAAUGUAUGUUUUAUUAAAAACUACGAAAUGAUGGAUUAUUUCACCUUAUACUUAAGAGAGCCUUGUAUUGCAAAUACUCUCAAUCAUAAAACUUUUUUUAUGAGAAACACAUAAAUGAUAAAAUUGAAGAUCAAUGUGUGAAAUGUAACAUCAAUUAUAAAGAUCAUUUGAAAUUUAAUGAUUAAAAUGAGCACAUGCAGGCAGAAGUAUAAACCCUCAACCAACUGAUCUAGAUAUUAUCGUUUUUUAGAAAGUGAAGAUCGAUUGCCAGCCUUACUUGAAUACUAUAAAUAUCAUAUCAAUAUACCUAGAAAUUUCUAUUCAAUUAUAAUUAAGAAGAGAAUGGAAAGAAAUAGGGAACUAUAAUAUUGUAAAAUUAAACAAGAAUUGGGUCUCUAUUAAAAUAUCAAAUAAGAUUCUUCAUAAAAAAUCAAAGAUACCUCUGAGGAUCAAUCUAUAAGUUAAAUGA